AUGGACCACAGUGACCACAGCAAAGGAAUGGCCAUGUCAACGGUCUUCGACACCAGCACCGAGAUUACACUCUUCUUCCGCGGUUGGACGACUACCACAGCAACCUCCUACACCUUUACGUUGAUGUUCCUUUUCGCCCUGGCCAUUUUCAACCGCUUCCUGGGCGUGCUAAAGUUUCAGCUCGACGUGAAGCACACCGAACCGAUUGAGAGGGGAGUACCCAAGCUGCAGCUGGCCACUGCCCGCCGACGCCGACAUGCCAUUCCCAAGGAUCGUCUGAGUCCGCUGCCUCAAUACAUGAAGGUCGCCGAAACCGAUCCCGACCACGAGGCGACCUUCCCGUCGGCUCCGUUCCUGGGGCCGGAUCCCGAACGCACACGUGAUGGACUGUCCUCCACCUUGACUCAGGAGCCACAAGGGCCCCUGGCAAAGCGCCGCUGGUGGAGCGCGUACAGACGCUGGAGUUGGCGACGGGAUGGAACGAGGUCGCUACUCGAGGGACUUCGGGCGCUGGUUGGCUACGCAUUGAUGCUGGCGGUGAUGAUGUUCAAUAUUGGGGUGUUCUGCGCGGUCCUCGGAGGCAUUGUAGUGGGCGAACUGUGUCUGGGACGCUAUGCACGGCCCUCGUCAGGAUGGCAGGAUGGUGCGUGUCAUGACUAG